UUGGGGUGCAGUUGCCCAGCAACAGGCGGUACCCUCCCUUCCGCUCAGCUCUGAGGCAACUGCCUUCCGCCCUCCUUGGCUUGACUGGGCAGAGAGGCUCUGAAGCGGAGAGGGGAUCCCAGAAAGGAGAUGCCUUCAACUGCAGCGCUGCCUCCCGGGCCCCUGGAGGGCGCCACCGCGGAGGAGCCUGAGCCCUGGCCGCCGCUGCCCUGCGGGCCCUGCGUGCCCAUCAUGCUGGCCCUGGGCUGCCUGGCUGCGCUCUUCCUGGUGGCCACGGCCGUGCUGGCCGAGCGCCUGUUCCGCAGCUCACUGCGCUCGCCGCCUGGCAGCCGGCCGCCCACCUUGGUCUGGAGGCCAGGGGGCGAGCUGUGGAUCGAGCCGUCCGGCAGCCCCCGCGAGCGCUCGGAGGACUGGUAUAGCUCGGCUGUGCCCCUGCUCACCGAGGGGUCCCCCGCACCCCCCACACCAGGGGGCACCCUGGAGGCCCGAGCCACUGCUCCACCUGCGCUCCCAGCCCCCAAACCCCCACCCGUCCCACCCAAGCCCGCAGUCCAGAGCACCUUCUGGGGAGCCCAGGCCUGGGAGGAGAGGCCUCCCGCCCCGGGCCUGGUGAGCUGGGCCGAACCUGAGCAGAGGCUCGAGGUUGGGGGGUAUGUGGGGAGCCCCCCUCCCCAGAGACUGCGGCCCGGGAGCCCCGAUGUGGAGUGGGGGCUGCAGCCCCGGGUCACCCAGGAGCAGAUCUCAGCGUUCUGGAAGCGGGAAGGCCGGACCAGAGUGGGGCUCUGAACCCUCUGCGCUGGGAGCCUCCACAGAGGCCUGCGGUCACCCCAGGAGAGAAUGCACAGGCCCUUGGCAUAUGGACUGCAACUCCGGGAUCCAGAUUCCGCAGGUUGGUGUGGACCGACCAUUCCUCUGUGCACAGAAAACUAGAGCCCAGCUGGCUCUGGGCCAGAAGUCACUGAGGUAGAUGAUUCCAGAAAAGGAAUCCGGAUGCCAGCAGCUAGGAAAGUGCAAAGCUGGCAGAGCACUGGACUUGCAUGUCAGAGGCUCCUGGUUUAUCCCUGGGGCCACAAGGACUGAAGUGAUGCUGCGACUUCUCUCUGUGUCUCUCUCACAUGGAACUCUAUCUCGUAUAAAAUAAGUAAAUCCAGGUUGAACGCACAAGUCACACAAUGUGCAAGGACCUGGGGUUCAAGCCCCACCUGGAGGGGGAAAGCUCUGAGACUGGUGAAGAGCAGGGCUGUAGGUGUCUCUCUCCCUCUCUAUCACCCCUCCCCGUCUCAAUUUCUGGCUGUCUUUAUCCAAUAAAUAAAUAAAGAUAAUAAAAAUUUAUUAAAAAAAAUCAGAACUCAGUGUGCCAGCCAGACAGGAAGGAGCUUCGGAGGUGGUUUUCACCUUCCUUCAACGCCCGACCAGGACGAGAGUGUGAGAGUGAAGGGGCCUUGUGGGUGCUGAGACACAGACUGAGCGUGAGGUGACACAAAUCAGUCUGCCACCAGGAGGAGGCCAGAAAUCUUCUCAGAGUCCCAGGAAGUCACAAAAGGACGCAGUCUGGUAAAGGAGUGUUUUGGUACAAUAUGUACUGUGACCCUGCCCCUCCACAAAAAAAAGUUGAACAGGAAGCUUGGGGAGUCACACUGGAGAGCACCCCGCCCAACUUGAGUUCAAGAAGACUCAUGGACUCCUCUGUCUGUUUUCAAACGCAGCCUCUGGUCACCUUCCCUGCCAGCUUGCUAGACUGACCCAGAAAGAUUGGCCCCAGACAGGCUCACUGAAGAGCCCCUCCCUGCAGGUGUGACCCCAGAGAUGCCCUGGACCCCACCAGCCUCACAUCGCCUUCAGGAGAGGAGCCUGGCUGAGAGGGAGAAGGGUUUGUUUUGCCCAACUGCCACCAUCAAGGCUAGGACCUUGGCUCUAUCACUUCACCACCUGGACUGCUGUUGACUCUUCUGUCAGCAAGGUUGCUGUUUGUGUAAUAAAUGUCUUUUCCCAGA